UUCUUUACCAUAGCAGUUGAGAAGUGUUUGUGAGAGUUGUCCACAUUUUACCAGUAUUAAAGCAUAUAUACUUUAAACAAAAUUAUGUGUAAACGCUAUUGUAAUUAAUGUAAUGGCGUAAGGCAUCCUUAUGUAUUAAUAUUAUUUGAUACAUAAUCAACAUGCGUUGGACGUUCAAUCUGACUGUCUUGAUAACUAAAGCUAGCUACACAGCUAACGGGGUUGAAGGAGCUGUCACUGGAGCAAAGAGCAAAUAUAAUCAAAUGUGACAUGAUCAUACAGUUAUUUUAGACUCUAUAAACACAAGUAUGAUCAUGCAUAAUUCAAAUGUAUAUCCAGAUUCCAAAUAUAUUCUUCCUUCUUCAGUCAUUAGAUUUGAUGUGCUGUUGAAGGCGGUCGGUGACACGCCCAUCAUGAAGACAAAAAAAUGGACUGUGGAGAGAGGCAGGACAGUACAGUCCCUCGCGCAGUUCAUCUCACGCUUCCUCAAACUGGAGCCUAGCGAACAAUUGUUCAUUUACGUCAAUCAGUCAUUUUCUCCAUCACCAGACCAAGAAGUGGGUGUACUUUUUGAGUGUUUUGGAAGUGAUGGGAAACUAGUUCUCCAUUACUGCAAGUCCCAGGCCUGGGGAUGACCGUGCAGCCUGUGCAUCUCUCUCUCUCUCUCAUUUAUACACCUGCACACAUACAGAAACACUCACCUUUUCACAUCAUUAUAGUUUAUGUAACUUAUUGAUUAUUUUUAUUUUUUUGUAAAUAAUAAAUUGUAAAUACUAUUGUAAAACAUUGUGUCAUCUCAUGGGAAACAAGUGAAUUGUGAAGAGGGGUGGAGGUGGGGGGAGGCGAUGGUUGGAAAUAAUAUGAUCACCAAAUACCCUCAGCAACAAAUGUAGAUGGAUGUUUGUAAUAUUUAAGCUGAUGCAGAAAUGAUUUACAGGGAAAGGAGCAAUAUGUGACACUCAGUAUUACACUGUGAUUACUUUUUUCCAGUGGGGGCAGGUAGAAUGUCAGGACAGAACUGGGCACAUGUGGGGUGGAGGAGACAGGGUGGUAAGAGCAGGUUACAAUGUGUGGGAUGAAAACAUGUAAAAGAAUCAAGAAUAGAAAGAUUUAGACAGUGCUAACACAUGGACUAAAGCGGGAUUAUGGAUGUUGGGGUUAGACUGUGACACCAAUUUCCAAGGAAAGGCAGGAAAAGGAGGAUAUUGGUGAAGGAUUGUACCAAAAAAGGGGAAAACCUGAAAUAAGAGCAAAAGGAUAAGGAGAUUAACUUCAUGGUCAAACAUAGAGCACUGCGAGAACUGCACUGAAGAUACAAAAAGGAAUGAAAAUGAAUGGAUUGAAUUAAGAAGAAAUUGAUGGUGAGCAUGAUGUAAGGAGAUUAAAGUUCUCAGGUAAAAUUCAACAUUUUAUAUGCAGGAUAUAUAUUUUUUUAUUUCUUAAAAAGGUUUGUAAAUAUAAAAUGUACAUUUAAGUAGGUGCAGAGCUUUUGUAAAAUCUCG